AUGUCCUCGUCGGAACCGCAGAUGCUCAUUUCCAGCUGCGCCGAAGCGGUUCGCAAGCUAAUAUCUACCGAGCGGUACCUCGAGAGUACUAUCUCGAGAAUAGCUGACGGUAUGAUCCGUAUCGACGCGUUCACGCGUAGAACCGAUGCAAGGCAGUGGGUUGAGCUAGGCACGGAUUACAGGCGUGUAGUCUCAAACUCGGAGCACACCGCCAUAAAGCUCGCGGCUGUGAUAAAGAUUUAUGUUUCUCUUCAGCAGGAUGUCAACGACGAGGACGCCGGCGACAUGAUUGUCGAGCUCGAUACUCUCAAGACGCGUGUAGCGGGCUACUAUUUCGAUCAGAAUUCUGAACUUGUAGACCUCAUAACCCGAGCCGAACGUCUAAAGCAACAGCACGAGCAGGCUGUCGACGCACGACGUGCAUCCAUGACCCGCAGAGUGCAGGACGCUGGUCGUGAGGUAGACGCUUGCCAGACGCAGUUGCAAGAGCUGUAUCACAAGCACACGAUCGCGAGCCAGGCUGUACUCCAGGCGAGCCGAUCGAGCAUGUCCUCGUAUAGACCAAACCUCCGCAGCAAUUCACUGCCGCUCCCGCGAUCAGAUGAAGUGUCGAUGCGCCCCAGCGAGGAAAAUCAGAGACGGAAGAAGGGUCGUAGCCAGACGUCCCUGAACGCACAAACAGAGAUCUUAGCGCAUACGCAGAGCAGCCGGGCGCUCGAGAGCCAAAUCGAGCUCGUCCGAGGCGCACUGACAGACUCGCAGGAUCGCUCCGCGCGCGCCCAAGCGGUGCUUCACAUCCUCGCCCACGCGGACUGGGAGGCUAUACGCAGCAGCAUGCACUCGGCCAUCGUGUACCUACGCAAGCAAAACAAGCGCAUGAACGCGCUGAUCGACCUACGACAACAGCUCCUGCACGAGAUCGGCGCGUACCAGGUGGCGUUCCAGGGCGUAAAGACUUAUCCUGGCUCUGCGAGGCGGACUGCGUUGAGAGACAUGCAAGAGCGCGUUGCAUCGACCGCCCCUGCGUGGAAAGCUGUAGCGACGUUGCUCACGAACGAGUACACCAAGGGCCGGAAGUAA